GAAAAAAAAAACAAUGUGCACUCAUGAAUAGCUAAACUCUCCAAAAAAAAGAGGAGGAUCAUUUUAACUUCUUUUAUCAAACACAUGGGAAUCUACGAAAGUAAAGAAAAAAAGCAAAGCUCCCGUACUUCUCCCGAGAUCCCCGCUGAAGCUAGUGCUAUACCAAAGCCUGCUGAUACCCAUGUGAGGCGUAGUCAAUUGCCUGCAAAUCGUGUAACCACGGAUAGACUGAUUCCCUCUUUUAUGACCCCCUAUAUCUUGCACAUUCAAAACACAAUCGGUGAUGGUAACUGUGGUUUUCGGUCUGUAGCCCUCUCGGUAGGCAAAGAAGAGUACGAAUGGCCUGAAAUUCGAAAAGAGUUAAGCGCUCAGUUAGUUAAAGAAAUCGGCCACUAUCGAUCUAUCCCUCAGUUAGAGCCAUCCAUUGCCGAAAUAUUGGAAAGCUUUCAGUGGUCAUCUGGAGCUUGUUAUAAUGAAAUUUAUCAUAUGCAAAUGCCAAUGACAGGUAAUGUCCACACACUUUUGUAAAGGAUAACAUGCAAAAAAAAAAUACUUACUCAGUCUACUUAUUAUCAUACAUUUAUAGCGUUCAUCAUUGCAGAUUUAUAUAAGAGACCGUGUGUUGUAUUCACACAAUCCGAAAAUGUGACUUACAUGCCCAUGUAUCCACCCUCAGAGAACGAACAAGACAAUAAGCCCAUUGUUCUGGUUCUUGAUUUUCCUAAA